GGUGAACCCGUACUCUGGGACUCACCGUGUCACUGCAUUUAUGAUGUUCUCCAAUCUCGUGGUCGCUCUUCUUGCUUCGGCUUUGGUCGCCCCGAUCGCGGCAAUGCCUCAUGAAGUAACGCAGUACCAGACUGUCCAUGGCACCUCGACCGUUUCAGCAUUUAGCAAGCGCCAGGAGACAGCCAUCGACUGGAGCUGCGUAUACUCAGCUGGAGAUGUCAAUCAGAACCGUCGCGAUGCUGCCGAGAACAUUGCCAAAUAUCUCGAAGGCCUCACUGCGCAGGGCAUCAGAUGUGGAUUGGACCACAACCAAGCUUAUUACAACCUAUACACAUGGACAAUAGACGGACAAGGAUACGAGGCGAACAUCUACUUCACAGGAAGAAUACCGCAGACAGUGUCAGCGGACUACUCAUGUUCCGAUCUUGCGAGAGAGCUUCGAUUGAUACAGGAGAGGUGCCACGAUCGAUCCGGCGGGGCAGACUCCAUUCUAGAAUGGACAUGGUUGGUGAAUUGCAUCUCAACACCUCAGUUCUCGUCACAACCAGAACAACCAUAUAUCGAGGGCGGUGUUGGGCUGGAAUUUAGGGAGUCUGGUUGGCCAUCCCCGGUGCAUUCACAAUAA